AUAAUGAUCCCUCGUACUCGCAAGCCUUGUAUAAUGAUUACUUUGACCAUUUAAUUCUUGAGUUCUUAAGACCAAAUUUUCCGCCAAUCAUAAACGUGGAGGAAUAUGUCAAUGAAAAUGAAAAAUUUAAAAAAAUCAAAGAUAUGAGUAAAAUGAACAAGGGGAAUGGUUUUAUGGUAUACCGAAAAAAUCUCAAUAAACAUCUGGAAACAUUAGGAGAACGUAUUUCUAUGCAGCAACUUUCUCCCUUAGCAGGAAUAGUGAACCAGAAAAUGUAAAAGAUCACUACAAAAGUCUUUCAGAAGAAAUAAAAAAAUUACAUAAUAAUCGAGUAGAGAACUAUAUAAAUCGUAAACGUUCAUCAGAAGAUGAUUAUGGAGAGAUGAGCAGUAAAAAAAUUAAGGAUAUGACUACAAGGAAUGGAGGUAAUGCCUUUAUUAUUUUUAGAAAACAACUUAAUGAACAUUUAAGAUCAUUAGGAUAUAACCUCAAUAUGCAGGAACACUCAAAGAUUGCUAGUUAUAUUUGGAGUAAACAAUCAAUGGAAGUGAAAAGCCAUUUUAAAGAACAUACGGUUCAAAUGAAAAAAAUGCUCAAUGAUCAAUUAAAGCAAUUGUUUUGUAAAUCAAACAAUGAUAAUGGGACCGAUCAUUGAUAACGGCUUCUAAAAUCAGACAAUGAUGCGCAAUGAUGCUCACGACCAUUAUAAUAAAAUCUCCAAUUAUUAACUGAAAUCGGACACGAGGCUAAAAUCAAUCGAUGAGAAUUCAAUCGAUGAGAAUUUUUUCUUAAUUUUUAUGUUUAAUAUAUUUACUUAUUUCGAUUUCUUAUUAUGUACAUAAUUUAUAUUUGGUGUUUACAUAGUAUUAAGAUUUUUUUUUUUUGUUCAAUUUUUUGUUCAAUAAAUACAAA